UGAGCGUGCAUCUCUAUGGUGGGGCGGCGCUCUAGCCCGCGCUCAGUGGUGCGGGCGGGGCGGCGCGGGGCCGAGGCCGCCAUGGCCGCCAUGGCCGGCGCGGGGCCGGGCCCGGCGGAGGGGCCGUGUGUGCUGUGCUGCGGGGAGCUGGACGUGGUGGCCCUGGGCCGCUGCGAGCACCCCAUCUGCUACCGCUGCUCCGUGCGGAUGCGGGCGCUCUGCGGCGUCCGGUACUGCGCCGUGUGCCGGGAGGAGCUGCGGCAGGUGGUGUUCGGGCGGAAGCUCCCGUCCUUCUCCUCCAUAGCCCUGCAGCAGCUGCAGCAUGAGAAGAAAUACGACAUUUAUUUCAUGGAUGCCGAGGUGUACGCGCUGUACAGGAAGCUGCUGCAGCACGAAUGCUCCUUGUGCCCGGAUGCAAAGCCCUUCAACACCUUUGCAGAUCUGGAGCAGCACAUGAGGAAGCAGCACGAGCUCUUCUGCUGCAAACUCUGUGUUAAACACCUAAAGAUCUUCACCUACGAGAGGAAAUGGUAUUCCAGGAAGGACCUGGCCCGGCACCGGAUCCACGGGGACCCCGACGACACCUCCCACCGGGGCCACCCCCUCUGCAAGUUCUGUGACGAGCGCUACCUGGACAACGACGAGCUGCUCAAGCACCUGCGCAGGGACCACUACUUCUGCCACUUCUGUGACUCUGAGGGGGCUCAGGAGUACUACAGUGACUACGAGUACCUGCGGGAGCACUUCAGGGAGAAGCACUUCCUGUGCGAGGAGGGCCGCUGCAGCUCGGAGCAGUUCACGCACGCCUUCCGCACCGAGAUCGACUACAAGGCCCACAAGAGCGCCUGCCACAGCAAGAGCCGCGCCGAGGCGCGCCAGAACCGCCACAUCGACCUGCAGUUCACCUACACGCCCCGGCACCCGCGCAGGACCGACGGUGUUGUAGGUGGAGAUGACUACGAGGAGGUUGACAGGUUCAACAGGCAAGGGAGGGCGAGCAGGUUGAGCAGCCGAGGGAGCCAGCAGAACAGGAGAGGCAGCUGGAGGUACAAGAGGGAAGAAGAAGACAGGGAUGUUGCAGCAGCAGUCAGGGCAUCUGUGGCAGCCAAACGGCAGGAAGAGAAGAAGAGGGUGGAGGACAAAGAGGAAGGCAGCAGCAGCAGCAGGGGGAGAAAGGAGGAUUUGAGGGAUCCCGACGUGCUCGGCUCCAAACGUGUGCCAAAGUCUUCAAACGAUGUCACAGAAGCAGCUGCUAAUGGAGUGCUCAGCCAGGACGACUUUCCAGCAAUUGGCUCUGCAGCAGGACCUCUCCAAGGCUCUGCCCAGCCAGCACUGGUUAAACUUAAAGAAGAAGAUUUCCCAAGCUUGUCCUCCUCUGCAGCUCCCACCAUCUCAUCAGGGAUGUCUCUGAUGUACACAGCCACUGCCAGGAAAGCAGCCUUCCAGGAGGAGGAUUUCCCAGCCCUGGUGUCCAAAGUGAAGCCCACCAAUAGGACGGUAACUCACAUCACAUCUGCAUGGAACAAUGGUUCCAGUAAAAACGUAGUCAAAGCCAUGUGCAGCCCCUGUGUCAACCAGCCAGCCAAAAAACCAUCCUUGAACACCUCCAAAGCAAGUAAGAAGAGCAAUAAACUCUGUGAAUCAGACGACGAGGACGGCAGCGGUGGCCUGACCACCCAGGAGAUCCGCAACACCCCGACCAUGUUCGACGUCUCGUCCUUGCUGGCAGCUUCUACCUCACAAACUUUUACAAAAGUGGGCAAGAAAAAGAAGAUGGGGGUUGAGAAGCAGAGCCCAUCAUCCCCCCGCCCGCCCCAGGAGCCGCCGUGUCCCAGGCCAGCCGCAGAGAAGCCCCUGGAGGCAGAGCAGCCCUGCAGGGCGUUCCCUGCUGCUCACGGCCCCCUUGUCAACGGGCACGCGGAGAAAGCGUCAGCUGGCUGUGCUGCACCCAAAGAGCCCCCCGGCCUUAAAAAGCCCCCAGUGACUAACAAAUGCCCUUUACCUCAGGAAGACUUCCCAGCCCUUGGGAGCUCAGGAUCAGCCAGGAUGCCCCCGCCACCAGGCUUUAACUCCGUGGUGCUGUUGAAGAACCCUCCUCCGCCUCCGGGCCUGUCGGUGCCUGUCAGCAAACCCCCCCCGGGCUUCGCUGUCAUCCCAUCCUCCACCAUCUCUGAACCUGUCACUACAGCUCUGAAAGAGCCAAAAUCCUGUCACGGAUCAUACUUGAUACCUGAGAACUUCCAGCAGAGGAACAUCCAGCUCAUACAAUCCAUUAAGGAAUUCCUUCAGAGUGACGAGUCCAAGUUCAAUAAAUUUAAAACUCAUUCUGGGCAGUUCAGGCAGGGGCUGAUCUCUGCAGCUCAGUAUUACAAAAGCUGCCGGGAACUGCUGGGGGAAAACUUCAAGAAGAUUUUCAAGGAGUUGUUGGUGUUGCUGCCAGACACGGCCAAGCAGCAGGAACUGCUCUCUGCUCACAACGACUUCCGGGUCAAGGAGAAGCAAAGCUCCAACAAACCCAAAAAGAACAAAAAGAACGUUUGGCAGACGGACUCCCCCCCCGACCUCGACUGCUACAUCUGCCCCACGUGCAGGCAGGUGCUGACCCAGCAGGACGUUGUGACCCACAAAGCUUUGCACCUCGAGGAUGAGGAGUUCCCCUCGCUGCAGGCAAUCAGCAGGAUCAUCAGUUAGCUCUCCCCAGGGCCACGACCCAGGCUCUGGCUGUGGCUGUGCACUUUGGAACGAGGUUUGGCAGUAGCUGGGGGCUGGUGCCCUUGAGGCAGAGAGGAGCAGGUGACUUGGGAAGCCUUCCUGGGCAAAGGGAUCACGGGAAUGUGCCAGAGCUCGUCCCCACCCACUGUCUGAGCUCCCACAUCUGGGCUAGGGUUAGGCUGAGCUGCAGGGGGGGCAGGCAGGGCUCCUUCCUCCUGGAACACGCAAUAGCUGGGAAUCCUUUUGGAUCUGCAGAAUGACACGGGACAAAAUAGGGGAAUAAGCUUCUGGUUUGGGGGUUUCUUUCUGGUUUGGGGGUGGGGGAAGUUUAUGGAUCACUGAAAUGAAUGGAAGUGGCUUCCCUUAUAACAUUCUGAUUUUUUUUGUGCUAUUUCAGUGAAGAUCACACUAGUCAGGGGUAAAAGGUGCAGGAGAGUGCUGCUCCCUGGGCUGUGUGACCAGGAGAGCUGCAAACACUGGGCUGCAGAGUUUCCCUUUCUGCAAACAGAGUCAAUUCUGCUGCUUGAAGAAUUGGGCCGAUCUGUGCAAGAUUUGAAGUUGCCUCUGACUUUUUCUGUAAAGUUCUUUCAAGAAGCUGAUUUUGUAGCCCUGCAUGUACAGUAACAGCAUUAAGGCUUUACUCUCUGUAAAGCACACGGGAAUUUUAUUUAAUGACUGCCAUGUUUCUAAUUUCUUGGAUGUAUUACUGGUGGGAGCUCCCAACAGCAUCCUGGGACAUUAAAUGCUGCUGAUUACUGACCAUGUUUUCUGCAGUGCCUUUAAGUGCAUUUAUCUGUUUACAGUAGUCUGACACCUGCACCUCCCUCGGUACCACCGGGCUGGCCUAGCUUUGCUCCUGUUCCUUGGCACCCUCAAAUUCCACCUCAGAGGAAGAGGGGGGUCUCUUCUUCCUCUGAAGUGACUCCUGCAGCAGCAGCUCUGAGGUGAUGGAGUGCCAGGAGUCCCCCCUGGCUCAGUAAUUCAGUGUCUGAUUCUCUCCCAUCUCCAGGUUUAGUUAUUUUUAACGUGUAGGAACAAAGCUGACAUUAAUUUAUGUAAUUUGUAGUGAUGAAACACAGCUUUUGUAGCAUCAUCAUUUCUAUGAAAUCGAGCUCAGAGUAUUACCCAAGAGCUACUCCUGCCUACAGCCACUCUUCCUUGCCUUACAUGUGUUAUUUUUGCUUGCUCUCAGGCUGCAAAGUGCUUUGGGUUUGUUUUCUCGAGUAUUUAAGACUGUUCUGACCACCUGUGCACGUUGGGUUUGGCCCAGAAGGGGCUGGGGAGGGUGAUUUGGGUGCACGAGCCCCUGGCAGUCCCUGUUCCUUGCUCAGGAUCCUGGAGCUGAUCCUGGCCCCUGAGGGGGCUGGGUGCUGCCACCACUUCCAGUCAGCAACUCUCCCCAUCCCUUUGGUUUGUAAACUUCAGGGAGUGAAAUGUCUUCCCUGCAGGAGCAUCUUGUCUUCCCUUGGGUUUCAGUUCCUUCUCCAUCAGCAGCUCUGAGUUCCCUGGGAGGUGCUGCUGGGAGUUCCCUCGAGCUGCUGCAUCUCUGGGGCCUGAUGUUGCAGUUUCCUUGUUCCUUGUGCUCACCUGAUUCAAUAAAGUUAUUACCAAAUUUU